AUGACUAGAAAAUUUGGCUAUGUGGAUUUUGAAUCUGCUGAAGACCUGGAAAAAGCCUUGGAGCUCGGUGGUUUGAAAGUCUUUGGCAAUGAUAUUAAACUAGAGAAACCAAAAGGCAAAGACAAUAAGAAAGAUCGAGAUGCCAGAACACUUUUGGCCAAAAAUCUUCCUUAUAAAGUCACUCAAGAUGAAUUGAAAGAAGUGUUUGAAGAUGCUCUGGAGAUCAGAUUAGUUAGCAAGGAUGCGAAGAGUAAAGGCAUUGCUUAUAUUGAAUUUAAGACAGAAGCUGAUGCAGAGAAAACCUUUGAAGAAAAGCAGGGAACAGAGAUCGAUGGGCGAUCCAUUUCCCUCUACUACACUGGAGAGAAAGGUCAAAGUCAAGACUAUAGAAGUGGAAAGAAUAGCAAGUGGAGUGUGCAACAGAAGAAACUCCAGGAAGUAUUUGAGAAGGCAGCUUUGAUCAAAGUGCCCCAGAACCAAAAUGGCAAAUCUAAAGGGUAUGCAUUUAUAGAAUCUGCUUCAUUUGAAGAUGCUAAAGAAGCUUUAAAUUCCCGUAAUAAAAGGGAAAUUGAGGGCAGAGCAAUCAGGCUGGCGUUGCAAGCGCCCAGGGGAUCACCUAAUGCCGGAAGUCAGCCACCCAAAACUGUAGUCAGAGGUCUGUCAGAGGGUACCACUGAAGAGACGUUGAGGGAGUCGUUGGAUGGCUCUGUUCAUGCAGGGACAGUCACUGACAGGGAAACUGGAUCCGCCAAAGGGUUUGGUUUUGUAGACUUCAACAGUGAGGAAGAUGCCAAAACAGCAAAGGAGGCCAUGGAAGAUGAUGAAAUGGAUGGAAACAAAGUUACCUUGGAGUGGGACAAGCGGAAGGGUGAAGCUGGCUUUGGGGGUCGUGGUGGAGGCAGAGGAGGCCAAGGUGGAUUUGGUGGCAGAGGCCGGGGAGGCUUUGGAGGCCACGGAGGCUUCCGAGGUGGAGGAGGAGGAGAUCACGAGCCACAAGGAAAGAAGACGAAGUCUGAAUAGUUUCUUCUGUCCCUAUGUCUUUCCCUCUUCUAUUUGAAAGAAAGGACUCUGGGGUUUGUACUCUGUUACGUGAUCAAUGACAGAGCCUUCUGAGGACAUUCCGAGACAGUAUACAGUCCUGUGGUCUACUUGGAAAUCAUAUAGAUAACAUUUCAAGAGUGAUACCCUGCUGGUUUUGACUGGAUAUUCAUAUAAACUUUUUAAAGAGAUGAGUGAUAGAGCUAACCCUUAUCUGUAAGUUUUGAAUUUAUAUUGUUUUAUCCCAUGUACAAAACCAUUUUUUCCUACAAAUAGUUUGGUUUGUGCGUGUGUGUGCGCGUGUGUGUGUGUGUGUGUUGGGGGGUUGUAAAGGAAGGC